AGCCAGGUCCAAUGUAGAGAAGCCUCGACAGAGCCGUCUUCAUGGUGCAGUUUCACGACUUUUAUCAUUUAGGAUGAAGAAUGAGAGGAUUUUAAAUUUGUCACUGCUUUUUGUGUUUGUGCAUGCCUGCUUCGCUCAGGCAGACUUUGCACCAUAUUUCUAUGACAACGGACCCUACAGCAACAAUGGCAACCUGGCCCUGUUCAGCCUCUCAGAGGACAUGCCUGUUGGAACACAGAUCUAUUGUCUCAAUGGCACAGAUCCAGAAGGCCACGAGGUGAGGUAUGGCCUAUCGUUUGACCCUGGGUCAAAAGAAUACUUCAGGGUUGAUCCGAGAUCUGGAAAUAUUACAUUAGUGGAAAAGCUGGACAGAGAGAAGCAAGAUUCAAUUGAUGUCAUAAUCAGCAUCACAGAUGGAAGAAGCAAGGUCAUGGAAAGAGUUACUAUAUUUGUGAUGGAUGCAAAUGACGAAAAACCAGAUUUCCAAAACAUGCCAGCAAUUAUUGACGUACUGGAAACGACUGAAUCUGGAAGUAGCAUCUUUAAAGUGGAAGCUGUGGACAAAGACACAGGCUCAGGAGGCUCAGUCACCUACUAUCUGCAGUCGCCUCAGUCCAGCAUGUUUGCCAUUGACAGACACAGUGGUGUCCUACGUAUCAAAUUCGGAGAAAUGCUGGAUUAUGAAAAAACAAAGACACACUUUGUCACAAUCAUUGCAAAGGAUGGUGGUGGCAAUUUUAAUGGCAAAGAGCAAUUUCUGUCAUCCUUUGCUACCCUGACCAUCAACGUGAUAGAUGCACAAGACACCCCUCCAUCCUUCAUCGGGACACCCUACUUUGGCUACGUUUACGAAAUCUCAACACCAGGAUCUGAAAUUUUUACUGUUUCUGCUCAAGAUGGCGAUGUGGGAAACCCAAAUCCAAUCCGUUACUCAUUAGAUGAAGAUGAAGAUGCUGUUUUUGGAAUUAACACAACAACUGGUUGUAUCACACUCCUGAUUCCUCCUAAUUAUCUAAAGAGAGAAGUCUUCAACGUUAAAGUCAGGGCAUCAGAAGUAAGUCCUGAAGGCAGACUUAUGGAUUAUGGGGUGACCACUGUGGUGAUUCGUGUGAUGGACCUAAACAACAAUCCACCCACUUUUUAUGGCGAAAAUGGCCCACAGAACAUGUUUGAGUUGACCAUGUACGAGCACCCACCAGAGGGAGAGAUACUCCGGGGACUAAAAGUCACAGUGAAUGACUCUGAUCAGGGUGCAAAUGCUAAGUUUAACCUGAAACUGAUCGGACCAGGAAGGAUGUUACGUGUUGUCCCCCAAACUGUUCUCAAUGAGGCCCAAGUCACCAUCCUAGUGGAAGACUCUGCAGCCAUGGACUACGAGAAACACCAUUUUCUAACUUACAAACUCCUUGCAGUUGAGAUCGACACUUCGGAGAGAUUCAGCGCAACAGCAGACAUUGUCAUCCACCUCCUGGACACCAACGACAAUGCGCCCAAAUUCUCUUCAGACUAUUACAUCGCCCGAAUCCCAGAAAACUCACCCGGCGGCUCAAAUGUAGUGUCGGUCACGGCUGUGGACCCAGACUCAGGACCUUGGGGGGAAGUUAAAUACUCAAUCUAUGGAUCAGGCGCUGAUCUAUUUCUGAUCCAGCCUGCAUCUGGGAUCAUUUACACCCAGCCAUGGGCCAGCCUGGAUGCUGAAGUGAAAUCCAAGUACAACUUUUACGUGAAGGCAGAAGAUGCUGAGGGAAAGUACAAUUUGGCUGAAGUCUUUGUGACUGUGUUGGAUCUGAAUGAUCAUCCGCCUGCUUUCAACAAUAACUUCCUUCAGAAGACCAUGGUGAUUGGAGCACCGGUGAAAAUAGAGGCUGUAGAUGACGACGCAGAAAUCCCAAACAAUGUGAUUGAGUACGCCAUCAUGAAGGCUGAGCCAGACAACAACAUUUUUGAUAUCGACACUGACACGGGAGAAAUCAAGCUGAAGUCUUACAUCAAGUCGAUGGCCAUCAUACAGAACAUUACCAAGAAAAGAGACUGCAGCUGGUCCCUGGUGGUUCAGGCCCGAGACCGAGGACAGCCUUCAUUCAGCACCACUGCAGUGGUCAAGAUCGACAUCACAGAGGCUACUCAUCUCAAGGGGGGGCCUUUGGGAUCUUUUUUAAUUAACAGAAACAACCCAAUGCAAAUCAUAGGUAUGCUUGUUGGUUUAAUUAGCCUCAUGGUCAUUGUUACAAUCAUCAUUUCCACUGCGACAUUCAUGCGCAACAAAAGGUCCAACCGGAUUCUGCCCAACCGCCGCGUGCGGAGGAGACCACGGAGCCAGAACCUCUGGAGCUUCAGAAACCCCUUCAGGAAGUCUGAAACCCAGAGAGAGAAAUUCAGAAUCAAAGAGGACGAGAUGGAGCCAGAGGUCAUUGUGGAGAAUGUCAACUACAAUAACAACAUUAGCAAUGUGGUGAGGCACUGGUGCCCACCUCCACCACCCUGUGCACCUUCCCUCCCUCCUCCACCACCCAGCUACUUCCACGGAGAGCGGCACUGGACUGUACCGACGGUUUCUGCAGCAGUGGCACCAAAACCUAGAAAGAAACCACUUUUGGAACGACAAGACACUAUGAACAAAGCUCUGGUUUCAGAGCUCAAAAUGAGACUGGAGCGUCGGAGGAUGAUGGUGCCGUGAUGUUACCUAACAGCUGACAGAUCGGUUUUAACACAAGGUCUAGUCAGUGGCUAAAGACCAGACCACACAGUGUUUUUCGGCUGUCGCACUGCCCGUGACACAUUGUGAGAACUCUCGCACACUGUAUGGCCCAAGAUUUCAGUGAGCCAAACUUUAUGACGUCUAGCAAGAUGAACUAACAUCACCAGCGCACCCCCUGAAAAGCAUACGCCACUAAAAGCCGACAGCUGACCAAAACAACAAUGCUGAAAAGAGAGAAAGAAUGCUGCUGUUAACACUUUUUAUGUUUAUGUAUUUAGCAGACGCUUUUGUCCAAAGCGACUUACAGGUCGCCAGCAGGUUACCCUUGAGGCUAACAACAAACACUUUUCAGUCAAUCCUAGGUGGCAGUGAGGCGAAUAAGGAGUGUGCAGUAGAGAGGGGGGCGGGUGCUGGGAGGGUGCUAGUUUAGAAGAUGCUCUCUGAAGAGCUGGGUCUUCAGGAGUUUCUUGAAAAUUGACUAGGAAGCCCCUGUUCUAGUAGUGCUUGGUCAUUCAACAUCUGUGGAGCGACACAUGUUUGGAUUUUUAUUGGACUCCAAACCGAAAUCCAAAAAGGAGUGGUCCACAUGUUCCUGUGUAGAGCUUCCACCGUUGCUAAUUCUUCUCUCGUAUUGUACUCCCAUCUCUAGUUGUUUGCCUCACUCCCUGCAUGUAUUUUCAUUGGUCGAUUGCAGACAUGAGUCAUAGGGUUUCAAGCAGUGAUUGACGACUGUUGGAGGCUGCCUUUGGUCAUGAGAGUGCUCAUUAAGCUGUCACGAGCUGGUCACAUUGGCAGGACACAAACCUUUCCCUCAUGUUCACCAUUUUUUGUCACGAUUCUGUUCACAACAAGAGAUUUAUCUAGGACGGCCAAAAAUGCACAGUUUGGUCCAGACUUGAAGUUCAGGGAUGAACUACCAUUUUGUAACAUGAAAAAGGUGUUUUUCAAAAUGUGUCCUCACUUUAGGUCACCCGAGUCGAGCAAAUUGGUCGUCAACAGGCUGCAGCAGAACUUGAUGAGCGUUUUUGAAACAAAACCCAAAGACCAGGACUGGGAGUAUCAAACAGCUACUUUAUAGAUUUUGUGUUGGGAAUGCUGUUUGGACUGGAAUCAAAAGGUCAAAAUGAACUCAGUCGUUAAAUGUGCUUUGUGUGAAUGUGUUUGCAAAGGCUUUGGUUUAAUUUCAGGGUACAGCUAGCUGUCUGAGUGUGUACUUUAUUUUCUUUUGUGUGUAUAUUUAAACAAUUCAAACAAGUGUUCAUGUUUUUUAAAAACGUCCGUAAAGCACAUCUAUUCAGCUUUUGUUUUGUAGUUCAGGGUUUUCCAUAACACUUCACAAUAAGGGAAACCCUUUUUUGACAUUACUGAGAGCAUUAUUAAGCACUAAUGAACUAUUUAAUAAAGGUUUAACAACUGCCUAAUCAUAUUUUGAAAUGCAUUACCAGGGGUGUUGUUACGUCCCCGACAGGAGAUGUUAAAAUGUGAAGGAGGGGGUAACAAAAGAAAUACGACAGUGGCGUUUAAAAUGGGUUUAAUUGUGAUAAAAGGUUCUAAAAACAAGAGCAAACAGAUGGCGAGCAUUAUUAAAAUAAUGCAAAAUGAAAAAUUCACUAUAAGGUUAACAGUUAAAAGACAAAUUAUCAACUAUAUAAAACACCUGGUUAAAACUUUAUUAAAAGUUUUACCUAAACUGAAGGUGUUUAAAAACACAACGACGUUGAUAAAAGUCUUAAAACUAAAUCCGAGAUAACCUUAAAACACAGUCAACACUAGGUGACAUGCACAAAAGAUCCAUGUGGAUCACUCAGAGUUAAAACUAUAAGUUAAAACUCAUCACAACGAUGGCGUUAAACCAACCGAAACCUGGAGAACAGCAGAACCCCUGCACUGCUUCCUCCCAGACUGCUGAAGGCACAGCCUUUUUAUCCUAGGUGUGGCUCAUCAGGAGGAUUCAGUUCAUCUGUGCUCCUCAGCAGCCUGGAAGAGAGGAGGAGGAGGGGCGGUGUCCAGUCAAUCACCAGAGCUGGGUGAUCCUGGCUGCUUUUUCCCUCUUCAGGCUGGCAGCCGUGACAGGUGUGGACUCCAGUCACAUGACUUUGACUCGAGUCAGACUUGAGUCAUUAUUUUAAUGACUUCUGACUUGACUUGAUAAAAUCAGUAAAGACUUACGACUUGACUCAAACUUGAACAUCAAUGACUUGCAACUUGGAUCAACUUGCAUCUGUUGACUUGAUGAUGACUUGAGCAUAUUUGAUAUUUUAACACAGAAGUGGCGCGACAUGGACAAAAAUCAUAAAUCAUUCUUCAUUCUGGAUUUGAUCUUGUUUUGCUAAAUGCAGCAGCACUUUGGCUCUGCAGGUCACGCUGCUGCUCUAAGCCCUGAAGAUGUUCUAAUGUUAAAUACUGUUGCAUUAGUAGAAAUUAUCCUGUUCAAUUUGUCACUGGACAUUGUGCUGGCUGGUCACUUCACAUUAAUUAACUGACCCUUUGUUUAUUAAGCUUAUUAAUGCACUAAAUAAUGUUAGUAAAGGGACCUUUAUUGUAAAGUGUUACUGAGUUUUCUUCUAUUUUCUGAGAGAUGCGUUGUCUCCUCGGUGACCUCCUUGACCCAAAUUUCUUGUUGGCAUUUCAGUGAUUUAAAUGUCAACAAGUAAUAGUGUUUGUUUUGGAUGUAUCCAAGCUUCUUCCAAGAUAUUUUAUGGCCUUUGACCUCAAUAAAACAAUCAGACUGAGAGAAAAGACCCAAAGUAACCACAUUAGGACGCCCUAUAAUCCGAGUGCACAGAUGUAAAGCAAAGUAUUAUCAUUCAAGUGAAAAGUCACUCUGGAUAUAUUUUUUUUUAUUUUGUGACUGUGCGUCUGUUUCUGUUGAUGUUGAAAAUGAACUCCUCCAUAUAAAAGAAAACAUUUAAAUCUUCUGUUUUUAACUUUUUGUCCUCAAACAAACAUUCAAGUAAAUAUCUUCAUGUCACUGCAAGAAUAAAUAAAGUUGUGUUUUAUAAAAACGUGGUUGUUGGGGCACUUUUGUCUUUUUAAAAAGAAAAUCAACUGUGUUAGCAAACCAAUGGGAAUUCUGCUCUGUGAGGAUGUAGAAAUCCAAGGCUGAUCACACGCAUCUUGUAAGUCCAAAGUGGAUCAGAGCACAUGAACUUCUGGUUUUUAGCCAAUUUUGCACCAAAGAUGAGCAAGUUGUGCCUCUGGAUUAGAGGGUGUAAUCUGUGAAAUGAAUGUUGUAUGUGAAUUCCAAAAUGUUCAUGUGUUUUGGUGUGUGGCCAUGGCGGGUAGAACUAAGACUGAAAUCUAAUCUGCAAAAAGCCAACCUGUUUUAUAACUUUCUCUUCACUUUCCCACAGAAAGACACGUUUAGAUUCAGACCUAUAGCCAUCUUGUUUCAAGGUUCUAAAGGCGUCUAUAGAUGAUUGGUUGGUUGGUUGGUGAUAAAUGGUAAAAUGGUAAAUGGCCUAUAAUUCAAUAGUGCCUUCUUAGGGUUCCACAACCCCCCAGGGCAAAUUAAGGUGUUAAAAAGACGAACGCACAGCGAGGAGAUAAAUAUCACUAACGGUGCUAAAAGCUUGCCAAAACUGCACAGUCUCCCUUUAACGUUUAUUUUAAUACAGGGCACA